AUCUGUACCCUUCUCUGUUUGUAAAACCCCUCAUCUCCCCUCCGCUCGAAGGUGCAGACGCCAAGAUAUUCCCUCUUCCAUUCAGCCGGCGGCGACACCGACGGAUUGACGGAGAAGAAGUUUACCUGGAAUUUCUAAAGUUGAUCGAAUAAAAAAUGGAUCCACCACCGAUGAUUCACAAGGACGAUGCAGAUGAGGAUGAUGAGAACGUGAAGCAGCUCCAGCAAUGCUCUUCUCUAUAUAUAUUAUUACAGGAUUGUCUUGUUAAUUCUAAUAGGAAUUGGAAGGUUUGCCAGAAAGAAGUUCAAGAUCUCAAAGCUUGCAAUGAGAGAAGACAAAAUAUCAAAACUCGCACAAAUGGUGGAAGUUAGUAGUAUAAAUGCGAAUGGGCAACAGAUAAUAAUUUGCAUGAAGCCCUAAAAGAGAUUUAUUAUAGCAUCAUACUUUUAUUUCCUUUUAUUACAUUAUUGGCAAUCUUGCUGCAAUAAAUCAAAAGUUAAAUGCAACAAAUGGCAAUGUACUUUUGUUAAUUUCUUUAUUAUAGG